GGCUUUGCUCUGCUUACCAGACUGCAGAGUCUGCUGCAAACGCAAAACUGAAAUCCAUCAUUGCACCACGUACUUAACAUCCAAGGGGCUCCUGUGUCUUCUUGCUGUCUGUUUCUGGGUUUCUCCAGACCUCUCUCCUCAAAAGCAAGGUCUGCUCUGCUUCCAGCAAUGCAUCCCGAGAGGUGGCUGUCUCGGUGGUACCCUGCUUUUGGUGUGUGGGCAUUCAUGGUCACAUCCUUGAUUAAAGAUACUGCAGCCUGCGAAUCAGAGGAACGCCUAUUUCAUAAACUCUUCACCCACUACAACCAGUUCAUCAGGCCGGUGGAAAACGUGUCUGAUCCUGUCACAGUGCAUUUCGAGCUGGCCAUUACCCAGCUUACAAACGUGGAUGAAGUCAAUCAGAUUAUGGAAACCAAUUUGUGGCUUAGACACAUUUGGAAUGACUACAAAUUGCGAUGGGAUCCCAAAGAAUACGAUGGAAUUGAAUUUGUUCGGGUACCCGCAGAUAAAAUUUGGAAACCAGAUAUUGUCUUGUACAAUAAUGCUGUGGGGGAUUUUCAAGUUGAAGGCAAGACCAAGGCCCUCCUUCGCUAUGACGGAAUGAUCACCUGGACCCCACCAGCUAUUUUUAAAAGCUCCUGCCCUAUGGAUAUUACCUUUUUCCCAUUUGAUCAUCAGAACUGUUCACUGAAAUUUGGCUCAUGGACCUAUGACAAAGCCAAAAUUGAUCUUCUGAUCAUUGGCUCCAAAGUAGACAUGAAUGACUUCUGGGAAAAUAGUGAAUGGGAAAUAGUUGAUGCUUCUGGCUACAAACAUGACAUCAAAUACAACUGCUGUGAAGAGAUCUACACAGACAUAACAUAUUCUUUUUAUAUUCGAAGGCUGCCAAUGUUUUACACCAUAAACCUGAUCAUUCCCUGUCUCUUCAUCUCAUUCCUUACAGUGCUGGUUUUUUACCUGCCAUCUGACUGUGGUGAGAAGGUGACUCUUUGCAUCUCUGUGCUGCUUUCCUUGACUGUCUUUUUACUGGUGAUCACAGAAACCAUCCCAUCCACCUCUUUAGUAAUACCCCUCGUAGGUGAAUAUUUGCUCUUCACUAUGAUAUUUGUGACCCUAUCAAUUGUCAUCACCGUGUUUGUCCUGAAUAUACAUUACAGAACUCCAACCACACACACAAUGCCCAGAUGGGUAAAAAACGUCUUUCUUAGCCUGCUCCCCAAAGUGUUGUUGAUGCAGCGGCCUCUGGAACAGCAGAAAAAAAGCAUCUCCAGAAAGACCAAGAAAGGAUCAGCCAGUACCUCGGGCAAAUCAAAGCACAGCAAACACAAAGAUAGCAAACUACACAAGGAGCAGCAGUGCUGUCACUGUGAUAAAGCGGCUGAACUCACUACCACCAAAAGAAGACGACUGAGCCACCAGUCGUUGAAGUGGAUGGCAGAGUACACGGAGUACUCCCCAGAAGUGAAGGACGUCAUUAGCAGCGUUCAGUUCAUCGCAGAGAACAUGAGGUCCCAAAAUGAAACCAAAGAGGUGGAAGAUGAUUGGAAAUACGUAGCUAUGGUGAUAGACAGAGUAUUUCUCUGGGUAUUUAUAAUCCUUUGUGUGUUUGGGACUGCCGGGCUCUUUAUCCAGCCACUAAUAGCAGAUACAUAACUUGAUCUGGUGCAUUUUAUCCACUUUUGUUCUUACUUCACUUUCAGUCUGGAACCAUCCCAAAAUUUCCCUCCACUUACAUCACUCCUGUGCUCAGCCCCUUCUCAGCACCCAGCCCCAGUGGGGAGGAGAGAAGCAAAGAGACCUUUGUGCAAGCACCAACCCAAAGCAGAAUGAGAAAAGGGCUGGAAAUGGGAAAUGACCAUGUGGUCUUGCUAAGGCAGAAAGGAUGGGAUUUUUGGAGUUUCUGCCUGUCUUUCUCAGUCAGAUCAGCAAGAGUAAUUGCACCGAGGACCACAGAAGCAGAGUGAAGUUUCUGAGUUUCUCCCUUGGCCUUGGUGCAGGGGGGCGUCAGGACAGCUCAGGCACUUCUGAGCGUAUCACCCGAAGAGUAAUGGCUCUGCCUGGUUUUGCUGCUCUCUCCUGAUCACAACUCUUCCUCAGCACUGACUUAAUUUGUGUUUCCUCUGUAUUUCUUCCCUUGUACAACACCCAGCCUCCAGCAUGGCGCUUAGAUGAGAUACCACAGCUGUACUGACUGCACAGAUGCUCUUCAUUGUGUCCUUGUGACAGGGCAGACAAAAAUCCAAAUAAAAGUACAAUCAAAUAUGUGUUGUUGUAAUAUGUGCAGAGUUGAUGCAGAGUAAUGCAUCCACAUUUGAAAUCUACAUGUCACUAAGAUUGUUGAAAACUAGUUCACCUGCUGCUUACCUUCGUAAGUGACCAAGGUCCCCUUUAUUUCCUGGUUUUGAAUAUCAAAUCCUGUGGUGAGGACCAGCAGGAUUUCCUACAGCAGCCCAACAGUGGUCCCAGUCCACAGAGUCUGCUGUGAAAACUCGUGCUUGCUCAGGUUCAGACAUAAGCCCUCUAGAGAAGCAUUUGUCCCCUGGUAGCUACUCAUCGCAGACAGUAAUGGCUUAACAGCAUUGGUUUGAUCUGGAUUUCUAAAACCCAGGACCAACUUGAAUUAUACACACCAUAUCAGGAGAAGGUUGUUUGUCAUGAAACCUGUGCAUAAAUAGGCAAUUUGGUCCAAGUGGCUCUGCAGCAGAUUUCCCUUUGCCAGCUCCUCACGGGUCAGUCUCGUGUGGGUGAUAUGUUUUACAGCUCCAGGGACACUUCUCUGGGGCUGGGGUUUCUCCCGUGCAACCAGGUACCAGUCCCACUGCGCUUCAACCUAAAGUACUGUGUAGCUGUGCACCUGAUGUGGUUCCUAAAUUAUGUGGACAAUUUACCCUUAGGUCCCUUCUCUGUUUUGAUCCCUGCUGGUUGUGCACAGGAGGAUUCUUCUCUAAGAGGCACCAUUCCCAUCCAAGUCAAUGGGACUGAAAUGCACAGUGGAGGUAACGGUGCAAUGACAGGAAUAUAACUGUCUCAGUCCAAUGUUUGAAAUAUG